CCACGUUCUGGACACAAGGUGCUACAACAAACAGGUCCUUGCCUGCGUUGAGUUCGUUGACGAAACAUGAGCGCCGACAGCUGUAGUAACGGCGGAGAUGUGUCAGUACCUUUGCGAAAUGUGUUUAACUCCAUCCAGUGUAUUCGAGACCGAGUUAGAGAUGGGGAGUCCAACGCGUCAGACGGAGUUUUCAACCUCCCCAACUUCUGGGAAACGCUGAAUCAGGCUGUGAAAGCAGUCUCCCAGGAAGCCACUAAACUCAGCCUGGCCUUCUCCAAACCCCCUCUGCCCACAUUACAGGAUGGAGAAAGGCUCGCAGAGUCCAUCCAGAAGAGCAUUCUAACUUUGUCCACUGUAUAUUAUUGGCUUCCAAAGAGCCAAGGUUUAAGUUUGCGGAAACAAGUUAGAGAUGCCACGGUAGAGGUCCUGGAAGGAGUUUUGCAGCUGGUGGAGGUCAUAAUGAACUCCCCACUACAGAGUCUGUCUCAGGAGCAACUGACAUCAACAGGAGGCAUGUGGUCAGCCUGUGACCAUUUUGCUCGCCUGCCACGAGAUAAUAAGGAAGCAGUGCUGUUGGUUCUGUACUCUAAUAUAGGAGUUGUAAAGGAUGCCCUGGAGGAGAUGGAACAGGCACUGUCUGAGGCCCAGGAUCCUUUCAGUGAUAUCCUUGAUGAUGAACAGGAAGGGGACGAGCCCCGAGGCAACCAGGACACCUAUUGGUCUGAGCGAGACAGAUGUGUUCUUGGUCCAUGCCAGGGGUUGAUGAAAGCUUCAGCAGCAUGCCUAAGAAAGCUGACGUCAGCCAUCAGAGCCAAUGGCGAUGUCACCACACCUCAGAACCGUUCCCAGCUGGAUGACUUGGCUGACAUUACAAAGGAAAUCAGCCCUGAUGUUGAUGACUUGGCCCUUUGUCUCUAUCCACCCAUGGACUACAGUGGAGUAAAGAACAAUGUUUCUAAACUGGCAACACUGCUGAAGAAAGUUCUGGAGAUCACCAGAGCCAGUCAUGUAUGUGGGGAGUCGGAGCUGUCCUGGGUUCAGUUCUUAGAGGGCGCCGUUGACCACAACCUCCAGAAGGCCAGGGAGCUUACACAGCAGGAUAGCUAGUCUACUUGUGUGUGUGUGUGUGUGUGUGUGUGCGUGCGUGCGUGCGUGCGUGCGUGCGUGCGUGCGUGCGUGCACGUGUGUGCGUGUGUGUAUUCAUGUGAUAGAGACGGCUUUUAUGUUGCAACACAGACAAACAGUGCAAACGCCUCUAGCAUCAUUCAUAAAUAUACACAAUCCAACAAACCGAUAGUUCUGUGAGUGUCUUUGCAGGCUCACACAUGUUUUUGUAUGCGUAUGCUAGCAAGCAAUUGCCAAGAGAAGUGUGCGUGUUUGCACAGGGUGUGCAUGCUUACAACAUAACGUAGAGAGUUGGACAUAAGUGGUGUGUUUGUUUCCAGAAUGUGAGCUCGCACAAGGUGAACAUCAAAGCAGAGGACUUGUGUCCUAACAGUGAACUGUGUCAUUUGUUUGUUUUUUUGACUGAAACCACAGCACAGUGAACAGCAGCUAAUUUCUUACACAAAUACAGAGAUACACAGCUCCAGGAGCGGUUUUGUAUUAUUUAUUUUUACACUGUACAAGACUGUCCGUGUUUUCUUGUGUGUUCAGCAGUUGAAUGUAAGGGCCACACAUAAAAGACUCAUGUCUCCAGAAACUCUGUUCAGCCCGCUGGUACCUAGCUGUGGUGUGGUGUGGUUUGGUUUAUUUGGGUCUCAUUAAUCAGUCUAGGGAAGAAUGAUAGGGAUAAGUGUACCUAACCUAAUGUGAGUCAACAUUACGUUUAACCUCCAGCGAGAAUAGCAAACCAAAUGACAAACACUCAUCAUUUUCAGCAGUUCUCUUAUUUUUCAUUAUUUUAUUGAAACACAUUUUUCAUAAGCCUUGUCCAAACACAACUGGUAUUACUGAAGAGGACCUGGCUGUUUCCACCAGUAUUAUUUACUAAUUUAGAUACCUUUCACCUCAGCAUCAGUAGUGAUUAAUACACACGUAAGACAUCUUUACGGGGACAACAGUUGCCAGGCAAAAAAAUGCCACAUUCUCUGCAAGUCACACUACUGGGCCUGAUGCUUUAUAUCUAAUAUACAUUUUUGUGGAAAAUCCUGAGCUGCAGAAAUAAUGUCCUCCAUCAUUUGUUUGUAGUAAUCAAUAAAUCCAUCUAUGCGGUGCUUCUUAACUCUGAGGUGCAGUGUGUCAGUUUGCAUUACCCAUGUUGUCCUGCGGCAUUAUCCCAUCUGGACAGGGUGCUAUGUUAAAUCUGUCAAAUGUAUCUGCAGAUCUCUGUUUAGAUUUGACACACGCCAGUGUUUCACGUGGGGUUGUGGUCAGCUUUAGCGUGGCUAAGAGAACUGUUGCCGAUUCAGUCCUGCUUUAACUACAUGUAGACAAGCUCUGAUGGAGGCAUGCCAUUAACUCCUCCUUUUAUGCCCGUGUGAUUUGAUAUUAAACUGACAUCCAGGGUGUGGAUUUGCUUGACAUAUUUACCAGUGUUGUGCAAUGCUUUAAAAAAAUAGCUAAAAAGACGCACAAAAAGAACUGUUUGCUUGUAAACAAGUCCUCUGCUUUUAUUCUCAAUAAACCUCAAAAACAACA